AUGGUGAAAGCUUCCAAAGUUAAUGGCCAAGAGAGGAAGAGACAACGAUCGACAGAAAAGGAGAAGAGGAGGAACCUCGACAUCAACAGAGCAUUCGAGAGUCUGCAAAAUCAACUUCCUUCAUGCGUUCCUAAAGGAAACCGGUUGCCCAAAAUCAAAACACUACGUUUGGCCAUCAAGUACAUAGAGCAUUUGAGUUCGAUACUUAACGGAGAUCACAUCAUUCCCUCAUCCAUGGAAAAUCCUAGGCCACUCCUCAUUGAGGACUUUGCUUCAGUGGCUCUAAGAGAAAUUCAGAUCAGAAACACUUACACGUCCAGGAUAGCUGAAGUAGAAGAUCAGAAGGACGUGAUGUAUUCUGACGACUCUCCAUUAUCAGACUUUUACCAGCUGUCUGCCGGUUUCGGCAACGUCUUCUACUAUUGA